AUGGACAAAGGUGUUGGGUUUGUUCUCUAUGAUAGCGAUCAAUUCUUUCCGUCAGAAAGCUUUCAACCUUCUCUGAAUACCAAGAGAAAAGUGUUCUCUGCUAACCUGUUCGAACAGGGAUCUGACGCCAAGGAAGUUCAGUUUUCAGUCACACCAUCGGAUGACUCUGUGAUGUCCCUCGAAGACUUUGCAUGCGUGUUUUGGAAUUACAACAAACACGACUGGAGUACAGAAGGCUGCACAAAAACAAUGACCUUCUCAGGCUACGCGCAGUGCAAAUGUACACCUGAUCAACAUGAAAAAUUCAACUUAAAUAAGAACUUUGCAGUCCUGAUGUCUUUCAAUAUAAACUAUCAGUAUUCAGAACCAUUAAACUGGAUCAGCAUUGCCGGCUGUUCUCUUUCUAUAUUGGGUCUUGCUGUCACAGCAGUUUACCAAAUUGCAACCAGGAAGUCAAGGGGAUGCAGCCCGACUCUGCUUUUGGUGAACAUUUGCUUGAGCAUGAUGAUUUUCUACCUUCUCUUCAUCUUUGGCAUUAACAACCAUGUCCAUCAUGCAGAAGAGGAUAAUGUUUCAGAAGAAAAUCUCUAUCUUAUGUCAGACUAUCAUCAAUAUUCUGACGAGGGUCCUUGUACGGCAUUUACAGCCUUGAUUCAUUACUUCUUGUUGGCCACAUUCACUUGGAAUACUCUUUAUGGAAUUAAUGUGUUUCUCCUCUUCAAAACAACCACGGGAACACCUCCAUGGUUUCCCAAGGUGUCCCUAGCAGUCGGUUGGGGGUUUCCUGCCAUCAUUGUUGGCAUCUCACUGGGUUCCACUUACACAUUUGAAGAUCCUUUAGGUUAUCGACAAGAAGAGUUUUGCUGGUUGGCUUCCUUGGACCCCAAACAGAAUUUCGAUAUGGGGAAGCCUAUGUUCUGGGGAUUUCUGCUUCCUUUGGUUAUCAUGCUGUUCUUCAACAUGGCAAUAUUUCUGCAUUUCUCUCAGAACACCUGCAAGACCGUCCCUAAUUUAGUCCGUUUGCAGCAAACUCCUUUAAAGAAGAAGUUUCUGAGUAGUUUUUCUAUGGCUGUGAUGCUUGGUCUAUCGUGGUUCACUGGUUACAUUUUGCUUAUCACCCAAGAACCAACUCUUCAACUUAUCCUGAGCAUAGUUUUUUGUGUCUGCAACACAACACAGGGCAUACAAAUAUUUCUUUUAUUCACUCUGAGAUCCGUAAUAAACUCAAAUCCAGCCAUUCUCAAUGCCAUGCAUGCACCCAACAUUGGCAUUCACAGGAAAGUGUUCUUCCUAUGGAAAGUUAUGGCAGAAGAAAACAUUGAAAUCUACACACGCACUGAUUUUGACUCUGCUGAGAUGCCUCAGGUCAUCACUGUCUGGACGCUCUACUCAAGUUGGAUGGUCUGUCAAAAGGUGACAACCUCACAGAUGAUGGAUGGCUUGUUGUGUCAACAAAGCCUUAUUGGACAGCUAUACCUGUACAUCAUCUACACUCAAUUAAUAACAUGA